AUGGCAUCAUGUCCACCAAAAACUCCUGAUCCAUGUGCUCAGAUUUGUCCACCCCCACCUCCUAAACCACCAUGCCAUCCUAAGCCUGUAAUGCGUGGACUUCACUGGGCACAAACUCAAUCAAUUAUUUUUCAAGCAUUAUUUUGUAGUUGUUGUGCUGGAGCAUGUGUUUACUUCUUCUUAGGGAGACCAAGACGUGCCGCUUAUAAGGAAUAUUACGCGAGAGGAGAGUUUGAAGAUUGGGCAGAUGAAAUGGCAAGAAAAGGUUUGUUUCAAGCUGUCCCCAAGGAAAUUUUAAAGGAUAAUGUACCAGGAAAAUAA